AGAUUCAUUCCAUCAGGAUUUGGCGCAGAAGAAGAAAGAAUAAACCCUCUUCCUCCAUUCCAAGCUAUCCUCGAUAAGAAAAUAAACAUUAGAAGGGAAAUUGAAGCAGCUGGGAUCCCUUACACUUCUGUCUCUGCAAAUUGCUGUGCUGCAUACUUUGUCAAUUAUUUACUUCGCCCAUAUGAAAAAAGGAACCAAAUUGUUGUCUAUGGCAACGGUGAAGCCAAAGCUGUACUAAAUUAUGAAGAAGACGUUGGUAUGUAUACUGUUAAAGCGGCAAAUGAUCCAAGAACAUGCAAUCGUGUGGUUAUUUAUAGGCCUCCCAAGAAUAUUAUAUCGCAAAAUGAGUUGAUAUCACUGUGGGAGCAAAAAUGUGGUUACACUUUCGGGAAGGCUUUUGUUUCAGAAGAAGAAAUUGUCAAGCGCUCACAGAGUAAGACAUUUUAUUAA